GGCUCGCCUGAUUUUGUGGAGCCCGCCGGCCUCAUCGGAGCCGCCGGCCGUGGACCGCAACCGCCGCGCCAAUGCGGGGCGGCAAAAGACGGCAUGCGCGCGAACCGCGAGCGAGGCGGUUGUAACUUCCACGCGACCGCGUAUGCCACUAGGGCGAGGAGAGCGGCUCGCGUUCGGCCUUGCCGGCUUCCACCGCCGCCGCGAAUCUUCUCGACCCAUCGGGCCAAGAAACCCAAACCCAAUCCGCCAUGUCUUCUCUUGGCUUCGCGCGGUAUUUAAUCCCCAGCUCCCACCCUUCGGCUACCAACCUGAGCGAGCAAGCUACGCAAAAUAGUCGCCCGAAUUGAGAUCCCUUGCAGCAGAUUGAGCAGCAAGGCAAGAAAGGCUAUCGCCUUUGCGCGCAGCAAUUCGCGGCACCAAGAAGUUCCUCGGCUCGUCGUCGUCGUCGUCAUGGACAAGGUGCUGGCGUUCUCGAUCAUGAGCGCGUCGCCGGCCGACAUCGCCGCCGGCGCCGGCCUCGGCCGGCGCUGGACCCGGCUGUCGUGGCGGAGGAGCGCGGACGACCAGGGGGAGCCCACGCAGGCGAGGCGGCAGAGGGACAAGGAGGAGGGCUCGCGCACCCGCUCCCACGACAACAAAGAGCGCGCGCGGGCAGAGAAGAUGGCCUUCCCGCGGUUCGCGCCGGAGUUCGACGGGAUCGACUGCUUCGAGACCAUCGUGUCGCAUUAGCACGCAAGAAGAUGACAGGGUUAACCGUGUGAUGAUCCUUUCCGCCAUCACGCACUUUGCGGCGAUGAUGGUUGAUCGAUCGGUGUGUGUUUGUUCGAUCAUUUGGUUGUUGCUAAUUGAGACCACGGGUUGUACGUACUUGCAUUAAGAGAAAUGAUUCUAUACUCUACAUUCUUUUUCAAAGCAAA